AGGAAGAAAUGACACAACAAAGCCCUACAGCACAGUACGUUGUAAAUGUCAAAACUGUCGUGAAGCUAUCAUAACGUAGCGUUAAUGCUACGUUUUGAUCUGACACACCGACAAUCUUUUACUACGCUUACAAUAAAAUAAAAUGUUAGAUGGAAAUACGUCUGCAAAUGACACUGCUGAGCACGCGAGUGGAGAUGGGGAGACGGACCUGCCUUUGUGUGAACCGAAGGAGCACGGCUUCAAACCGGCACCGGUGAUCAACGUUACCCCCUCCUCCAGGUUUCUGCAGGUUGAACUGGAGCUGAACGCCCACCUCCGCCGGCUCACCUUCAGCGAGCCUGUCCGGUACAUUUACAACCCGCUGGAGUACGCCUGGGACCCCCACCGCUGCUACGUGGAGAAGUACUGUCGGGGCGGACAAAGCAUCCUGUUUUUAGGGAUGAAUCCAGGACCCUUCGGCAUGGCACAGACCGGGGUCCCCUUUGGUGAAAUAAGGUCAGUUGUUGAUUGGCUGAAGAUCACAGGGGAGGUCGGUCAUCCUGAAGAUGAGCAUCCAAAGCGAAGGAUCACAGGACUCGCCUGCACUCAUAAGGAAGUGAGUGGCGCACGCUUCUGGGGCUUCUUCAGGAAGUUGUGUGUUGAACCCGCACAGUUCUUCCAGCACUGCUUUGUGCACAAUCUAUGCCCGCUCAUUUUCCUCGGUGCCAGUGGGAAGAAUUUAACCCCGCCCGAGCUGCCUGCAGGUGAACGGGAGGCGCUCCUGGCUCUGUGUGACAUUGCACUGUGCCAGGCGGUGGAGGCACUCGGGGUCUCGAUGGUGAUCGGGGUUGGAAGGGUGGCAGAGCAGCGGGCGAGGCGAGCUCUGUCAGCAGCAGGUGCCAACGUGCGAGUCGAGGGCAUCAUGCAUCCGUCGCCCAGGAACCCACUAGCCAAUAAGGGCUGGGAGGAAGUAGCGAAAGCCAGGCUGGAAGAACUCGGUGUCUUGUCGCUGCUGAACAACAUGUGAGCCGAUCAACCUUCUCUGACGCGUGGCUUAUCAAGAGCAGCGUGGAGUGAGCUCUCCCUGACAAUGGAUCCUGAUGUGAAGAGAUUGAGUAAGAGACUCGGUGUAUGUGUGAUUUGAUCAAGUGUUCAGUGUACUGCUAACAAGUACCGGCUCACAUUUCUCCUCACAGCUCAGUCUGUAUCUGAGCAGCUCGUAAUACACUCUUGCCUUCGAGUCCUGCCAUCACUACUGCAGUAAACACAUCUGCACAUUGUUUUCUUCUGAGAAGAUCUGUCUCUGUUCAUUCAGAAAUUGUUUUUAAAUAUGUUUUUAGGCUGUCACUAGGCUGUACACCUUUCUAUUGUAAAAACAAAACAAAUCAAAGCACUAAUGUUGGUAUAUGCUCUGGAUAUCUGUGUAAGUGUGAGCUCAGGGUGUUGAUCACAAUUCAGUGUUUCAGAGUUCCUGUCAGGUAAUUGGAUUUAUUAAACUUCUUCAGACUAUAGUUGUUUUGGGAGAACUGUACUUAUAACUAGUGCGUCUAAUCUUUAAAGUCAGCCUUACCACAGGCAUUACAGCAUGUCCCAAUAAUGAUGAUGCUUAUUGGGACACAACAAUCACGAAACAUGAUUUUCAAAAUGCACUGUGUACUGUGAAUGCACAUAAGACGUUUUAAUUUACCUUCAAAAGGUAUUCAUUCAUUUACCAAAUUAUAAUUAUAUAACCAAGGUCUUAAAGGUGAGGUCCUCAGACUGUCCCACUUAGCUUCUGAAUGGUGACAUUAUAGAGUUCAGAAAUAUUCUGAUAUAAAAAACUAGUUGGUAAAUACACAGUUGUAAGUAUUGUUUAUUUUUAAAUGUCAUUUAUUUCAAUAUUAUAUUUUAUUUGUUUUCUCACUGAUUUUAUUCUCAAAUAAAUCAAUAUAGAAUAAUGAAAUAUGAAAUCUUUUUCUGCCUCUGGUGCUUUAGAGAUGAAGGCUUACUUACAACUAUGGCUGAUUUGUAACAUGUUAAUGAAGCUGAACUGAAGUUUAUACAGGAAAGAAAUGUUUACGCUUUUUCAUUUUGUCUGUCUGUUUCUCUCUGUCUCUCUCUCUCUCUCUCUCUCUCUCUGUCUCUGUCUCUCU